AUGCAGUUUCCCAUGGGCCCCGCCUGCAUCUUCUUAAGAAAAGGCAUCGCUGAGAAACAGCGGGAAAGACCACUGGGACCAGAUGAGAUUGAAGAGCUCCGGGAAGCAUUUCUUGAGUUUGACAAGGACCGAGAUGGGUUCAUCUCUUGUAAGGAUUUGGGGAAUCUCAUGAGGACAAUGGGUUACAUGCCCACGGAGAUGGAACUGAUUGAACUGGGCCAGCAAAUCCGCAUGAACUUGGGUGGCCGUGUAGAUUUUGACGACUUUGUGGAGCUGAUGGCCCCUAAAUUGCUUGCAGAAACAGCUGGGAUGAUUGGUGUCCAGGAGAUGCGAGAUGCCUUCAAGGAAUUUGAUGCCAACGGAGACGGGGAGAUCACCCUGGGGGAGCUGCAGCAGGCCAUGCAGAGGCUCCUGGGAGACAAGCUCACGCCCCAGGAGAUCUCCGAGGUUGUCCAGGAAGCCGACAUUAACGGAGACGGCACCGUCGACUUUGAAGAGUUUGUGAAGAUGAUGUCUCGUUGA